AUGCGCUCUCCGCAGAGUUCUGAGUGGUUAGCCGGUAUGCAACGGGAGGUAAAUGCGAUGUUUGCCAAGGGUGUCUUCGAAAUAAUCGAUGGAAAUGUCAUGCCAACCAGUGCAAACUUACUAGGGAUAAUGUGGCGAUAUCACGUGAAAACAAAUCCGGAUGGACUACGAUAUCACAUAUUCGCCAGUUGCGAGAAUGGUGACAUUUCGGGUGGUACUCGCAGUUGCAGUGAAAUUAAGCUUAAUAAUCUACCAGGGGAUAUUGACAUAGCGUACCUGAUUGUACAAUUAAAGAUUCGACAGUACGUACGGAAAAUUCCAGAUUUUCCAUGUCCUGAAGGAAAGGUUUACCAGGUGAACCAAGCACUAUAUGGACUGCACCAGUCUGGAGCUGAAUGGUUCGAGGAAGUGGAUAAACUCUUGAAGUCGCAAGGAUUUCAUAGCACGGAGACUGAGCCAUUAAGGUUUACCAGGUGA